AUGUUGGAAAUACAGUGCUCUGGCAGCCCUUUCGAAAUUGGCUUUACCCAUGGCCAUGCAGCGAGGGACCAAGUGCGUGGUUCCAUAGCCUUUUACAAGGAUUUAUUCCAAGUAAAGUGCUCCAUGGGCUGGGAGCAGGUGACGGCCGAGGCCAACAAAUACGUCGAGCCGCUGGAGAAGACAUGCAGCCGGUACAUCGAAGAGAUUCGAGGUCUCGCCGAGGGCGUGGGCAGCCCCGUCAGCUUCCUUGACAUCCUGGCCCUGAAUGUGCGCACCGAGAUCAUGUUCGGCCUCUUCACCGACCCGCAGACUCCCCAGCACGCUGACGUGCCCAGUGAUGGCUGCACGAGCCUCAGCUGGGUCGAUGGCUCGGGGACGUCGUUCCUCGCGCAGAACUGGGACUGGCAAAAGGGUCAAGGCCGUAACCUGAUUGUGUGCCAUAUCAACCCAAAGCCUGGAUCCGGCAUCCCUAACCUUGCCAUGGUGACGGAGGCCGGCAUCAUUGGCAAGAUCGGCCUGAACACGCGUGGGGUCGGAUGUUGUCUCAACGCCAUCCGCGCACGUGGUGUCGACCGCACGAAACUGCCUGUGCACUUCGCCCUGAGAACUAUCCUGGAGUCUGCCUCGAGGGAGGAAGCGGUUGGCAGGCUCGAGGCCUCUGGGAUUGCGGGCAGUGCGCAUAUUUUACUCGGUGACGAGUCUGGCGCUGUCGGGCUGGAGUGUACACCGUUUGGAACCAGAGAGAUCCCCAUGGACCUACAGGGGCGAGUUUUCCACACAAAUCACCUGGUCCUCGAGCAUGCUGGUGUGGAUGAGCCGCCGUGGCUGGACGAUUCGCUCAAGCGUCUCGCCCGUAUCAAGACGCUGGCGGACGCCACCCUCUUUCCUGGGGCAGGAAUCCAAGAGAUUCUUGGGAUGCUCAAGGACGAAGAGAACUGUCCUUGCUCAAUUAAUAGAAGACAGUUGGAUGUAAGCACUUUUGAAACGCUGUUUAGCAUCGUUAUGGAUCUUACAAAGAGAGAGGCGCUGGUCAAGCUUGGUCGCCCCUCGGAAAGUGGUGAUGAGAUUCGGCUAGUUUUGUAA